CUCUCUCUUUCUCUCUUUCUCUCUCUCUUUUUCUUUUUCUUCUUUUUUCUCCCUUUUCUUCUAUUCGUAAGCUCUGCAACUUCAGAUUGCGUUUGCUUUUCUCCAACGACGAAGACGAAGACGACGACAACGACGACAACUACGACGGAAUCUUCGCCGCAAAGCGAGAGCUUUAUUCUAAUCUUCCUUCUUACUAUCAUCGUCCACCUCUUUCUCCUCCACGGCAAAACAAUUAAGCUUUCCACGAAAUCUCACUUCUCUCCCUCUCUUUAUUACUCUUCCUAUUUCUCAUUCUUCUCUUUCUCUUUCUCUGUCUAUUUUUCUCAUUCUUCUUUUUCCUUCUUUUUUCUGCCCCUUUUUCUUCUUCAUCAUCUUCUUCUUCUUCUUCAUCUUCUUCUUCUUUCUUUACUUCUUUUUCUUUCGUUUUUUUCCUUCGCGUCUUUAUUGCCACUUUCGUUUCCACGGCCAACGAUCAUACUCCUCGAUCAUCUUUCGUAAGUACAAUUUUCCCCUAUCUUUUCUUUUUCUUUUUUUCUUUUUUCCUUUCUCUCUUUUUCUUUCAUUUUUUUCCCCGUUUUUUUUUUUUUAAUUUUCUCUCCUACUCAAGCGUUCCCUUAUUUUUUCUUUUUUUCUUUCUUUUUUUUCUAUUAUUCCACAACUCGAUGAAAUUGUAUUACUUAAGCGUUUAUGAGCGUGAAAUUAUUAUAUUUUAAUUGAUUUCUAAGAAAUCUUAAACAGAGAGAGAGAGAGAGAGAGAGAGAGAGAGAGAGAGAAUUGAAAUUCGAAUCCUCUUAUAGAUUAGAAUAUAAUUAAUCAUAGAUAUAUUCGACGAUUAAGGAUUUGCUCGAAUCGUUAUAGUAAUAUGAAAGGUAAGAAGAAAAAGAGAAGAAAGAUGAUCGAUGUUCUUCGCGUAUAGAAAUAUCUAUUACAUUUAGAUCAAUUUUGUGAAUCAAUCAUGAUGCCAGAGCCACAUCGAUAUAACGUGAAGUACUUCGAUGUAAUCCUCUUGGGUUUUAGAUUUGCAAUAUUUUCGAUUAAAAAUAUCAUCCGUCGAUAAUCUAAUAUUUCGUAAAACAAUAUAUUACGAUAGAUUAAUAAAACAUAUUAAAUGUAUUAUUAUCAAAUUAUUAUCUACGUUAUUUACGAUAGAUUUAUAUUUUGUUUAUUAAAAAUUACAGGAAUGUGUAUUAAUCGAUAAGUAAGAUUUCUACUUGUUAUAACGUCGAUAAAUUUUUUUUCUCAUUCCAUCUUUAUUUCUUUCUCUCUCGCUCUCGAACUUUUCGUACGGACGUUCCGACAUUACCGACGUGCAACAAAAAAAUAUAUUUACCUCGUGUACAAGUAUUGUUAUCGACAUAGGAUAACACGAUCUCGAAAUGAUAAUAUUAUCAUCGGAGUUAAAUAGUUUCAAUGGCGUAUCUCGUAGAGAAUGGCGUCGCUGAUCGAAAAUAAUCGUGAGCGCAGGAUCCGGGAUUAUACACGAUCGUCCUAUGGGUCGUCAUUCGACAGGAGUUUAGUCGGUGCCGGUCCCGAAACGCGUUCACGUCUGAACAUCCUGCGGGACGAGAAAUAUUAAGGAUGGCAAGGGAUAUGUACAUUUGAUAGGGCGGUCCAUUAGUGAGGGGGGAAAAGGAGGAAAACAAAUUUUUCAAGCUACGACGGGGCCUUUUUAGUGAACGCGUAAAGAAAGAGAAGAAGUUAGAUUAUUACGGGAUAAUGAAUCUCUUCGGGGAACAGAGAGAGAGAAGAAGAAGGGUGCGCAAAACGUACGUUUAGAUUAGGCUAAAUAACACGUCGAUUUGUCGUGGCGUCGCGUACCAAAUCGUAAUAUCAACGCCGUCAUCGUCGUCGUCGUUGUCGUUAUCGUCAUCGUUGUCGUUGUCAUUGUCAUUAUAUUAUAUUAUAUUAUAUUAUUUUGUCAAACAUAAUAUCGUGUCUCUUCGAGAUGACGCGACCAUAUCAAACGUCCAAAUAAUCUUCUUCUAUAUCUACAGCCAUUUUCUCUCACUUUCUCUUUCUCUCUUAUUUUCUCUCUCUCUCUCCAUCUCAAUCUCUAUCUCUAUUUCUACCUCUUUCGUCGCGUUACCGAUCGUUCCUGUCGAAAAGGGAAGAAUGUUAAACAUUCUCGAUGACACCUACGCGACGAAUGCUAGUACAGGAUAAAGGAGAGAGCAAAGGAACGUGGGUCGUCUCAUCUUAAAGAAGGUCAGAAGGAGAAGAAAAUAUGGGAAAAGGCGAUAAAAGGGGAAUAGCACAGCGUAGCGACGCGGGCACCAAUCUCGUUGGGAAGUUUACACAAAGCGUACGUAGAAUCGUUCAAGAUGUCAAGGAUGAAGGAACGUCGAGUGGUCAAACGAAGGAAGAGGUCAUAGAGACAAAUGAACGACUGAGAGUAGUAAGGAUACGUCUCGAAGGAAGUUAUGACACUGCUAAACGUGCUCUAGUAGACCUGAUGUGCAAGUAUACGAACAGUAAACAAGUCCGUAACGUGUUCCAACGUUACAACCUCCUGAAAGUUAUGAUCAAGGAUGUGAUCAAACUGGAGACGCAGUACUGGACCCUGGUAGAUAUACCAAGGCAAGAGAAACAAGAAACCGUUCCUGCUUUCGUCCUGCGUGCCUGUUCCAUCAUGGAAAAGACACACAAGAGCGGUGAGGGCGUUAAAACCUCGGCACGAUUGGCGGAGGAAGCUGAAACGAAGAGGGAACGAAUCGAGAGACUCGAGGGUAUGACAACGGCAAUGAUCGAAUCGGAGAAUACCCAGAUGACCAAUGAUCUGUACAGGCUGCUGAAAAAGUAUACGGGACUUAGGAAUCUUAUUCGUGUUUUAAAGGAGGAGUACAACAAUUCCAAGAUAUAUCCUAUGUUUCCACGUUACACGAUCCUGAAGGAUAUGAUAAAGGAUAUAAUGCACAAUCCAGAUUACAUGGAGGUUUGUCACGAGUUGGAUCAAGCAUAGCGGCCGGACCCCCUCCACCGUUCGCCACGGAUGACCUUAUAAAUUGAAGGUCAUUUUGAGGCGCAUCGGUGAAGGGGGUGCACAGACCAUGGUAUCACCUUAUUCCUAAUUAAAUCGAAAUAAUUUAUUAUAAUCCUCGGCUUUAUUACGAGAUGCUCUUUAUAGAUCUAUCGCAUUUCUUUUUAUUUAUUUAUUUAUUUUAUCUUUUUUUCCCCAUAGCGUUAGCUCAUCUCCUUUCUAAUUAUAAAUAUAUAAUAUCAAGGAUGAUUAGAAAUAGUAGAUACAUUUUGAUUUUAUUUUUCUUAAACGCAUCAGGACGAUCGAAUAAUCAUGAUGCGAGCUUUUUUAAAUCAUUUUUCUAAUCGAAUGAAAAUAUUCAGAAAUAUCGAGUUUUUAGUAUAGUAGUGUAAAAAAAAAAAAAUAAAUCGAACGAACAAGAACGACGAUCGUCAAUGCGUUGAAACAUAUUCUUCUUUUUUUUUAUUAUUAUUUAUUUAUUUACUUGUUUUUUUUUAUUCUUUAGUACAUAUAUAUAUAUAUAUAUAUAUAUAUAUAUAUAUAUUAUUUACCAAGUAAUUUUCUCGAAGUAAUGACUUAUUAAAAGCGUUAAUAUCGCGUAAAAUUACGUAGUGGAGGAGUAAUAAGUUAAAAAAAAAAAAAAAGAACAAAGAAAGAAGAAGAAAAAGAAGAAAAAAAUUAAUAAAUAAAUAAAAGAAAAGGAACACCCUUUAGAUUCUGAUCUCGAUCGGAAUAGCCGCUUACACAUUCGAACACAAAAUUUUAAUGAGCGAAUCGCGCGGAAGUUCUCAUAAACUUUCGAUCGCGCGGCUUACCUUUGUGAUUUUUAUUAAUCAAAGAAUAAUGAAGAAGAAAAAGAAGAAGAAGAAGAAGAAGAAGAAGAAGAAGAAGAAGAUAAUAAAAAAAAUACAAGAGAGAGAGAGAGAGAGAGAGAGAGAGAGAAAGAGAGAGAAAAAGAGAGAGAAAGAAAAAUGUUGCUAUUAACGUCGCUUGUAAAAUCAAGAUAAUUAGAUAGGAAGUAAAACACUUGGCCCUUUCCCUUUUAACAAUCCAUAGCCUUCAUCUUCAACUUGCCUCCAACCAAUCAACCAACAGCCCCGCCUCCCACCCCACCCUUACUACCCUUAUCAUUCAUAUCAACAAUAUCCCCGAUACACAUUUGUAUAUAAUAAUAAAACCGCGUGUUAGUCCUUGAUAAUUCGUCUGGACGUAACUGCGAAAAAUUAUGAAAGACAUAAGUGUGAAACAGGACAUUUUCUUUUUUGCUUUAUGCGCUCGAACUCGAUUUUCAUGACAACGCGUAUGGGUUGCGUGUAUGUGUAUUGUGUCGGUAAAGAGAGAGAGAGAGAGAGAGAGAGAGAGAGAGAGA